AUGGCCCCUCGCCUGCAGAACAUCUUCCCCAAAAGACACCGAAAGCUCCGUGAUAACAUCGCAGGGAUCACAAGACCCGCCAUCCGUCGUCUCGCUCGUCGGGGUGGUGUGAUGCGCAUCAAGAAAGAGAUCUACGAUGAGAUUCGGGGAGUGCUGAAGGACCGUCUCCGUGAGAUUCUACGUCAUGUCGUUUACAUUCUCGAGUCUGCCCGGACCCCCAGCCAUGAGCGAAAGGUUGUUACCACCCGAGAUGUUGUUUAUGCGCUUCAGAAGAUAGGUCAUACGGUUUACGGAUUUGCGGAGAUCUGA